CGCACAAAUCGUUGAUAGAGACGUGCGCUGCGUUCAAAACGCUAGUCAUUCUUCGCGUCUGUAUGAGCUAGAUUCUGUGGGGUUUUCUUUCACUAUGAAGCUGCUCAUUUGUCUAUGGAAUACUGUAAAUAAUCUCUGGUCGAUAGAUUGAAAGUAACGCGUCGGAUAUUUGUAUAUUAAUCGCGUGUUUGGCAGAGAAACGAUGCAUUAUGAUUCAUGGUCAUCUAAUAACUGGAACAGGAUCUUACAGUGGACGGGCAUGAAGAGAUCGGAUGGUGUGGAUUAGAUUAUUGGGAAUAUAUCGCUUUGAUUUCUCUCAUCUCAAUGUUGGGCUCCAGAGGACCUCUGCCUUUGUGCUCUGAAAUGAAAUAAUGGCAACGCAUUGGGCUGCAUCAAAGCACCAAGAUGAGAAGAAAAAUCCAACCGGGUCGUCAGUUUUUGAGGCUAAACAAAAGGAUGGUUGUGAGUGCAGCGAGGCAUCGGCUCUGUCUCCGACCGCUGAAGAGGAGCACUUCUCAUGGCCAGGGCCUAAAACAUUGCACCUAUGCCGUACAUCUCACGGCUUUGGCUUCACUCUCCGUCACUUCAUCGUGUACCCACCCGAGUCAGCCGUGCAAUCCUCUCUCAAGGAUGAAGACAAUAGCAGCAGAGGGAAACAAUGGAACAGACUGGAGCCGAUGGACACCAUCUUUGUCAAGCAGGUGAAAGAGGGUGGUCCCGCGCAUGGAGCUGGACUCUGCACAGGGGAUCGUAUUGUAAAAGUCAAUGGAGAAAGCAUCAUCGGGAAAACGUAUUCUCAAGUAAUUGCCCUUAUUCAGAACAGUGACACGUCUCUGGAGCUCUGUGUGAUGCCAAAAGAUGAAGACAUUUUACAGCUGUUCUCCAGGGAUAUCACAGCUCUGGCCUAUUCUCAAGAUGCAUACCUCAAAGGAAACGAGGCAUAUAGUGGAAAUGCCCAGAACAUCCCUGAGCCACCCCCAAUAUGUUACCCACGGAUAGAGCCCAAUGCCUUGGCCAUGGCACAGGUGUCAGAGUCGUCACGCUCUGCUGAGACUUCAUGUGGAACCAGACAAGGAGUAAAUCGAUGUUAUAAGCCGGACAUAGGUUGCCGCAUUGAUAUCCCUGUAUCUCCCCUUACCACAUCCCAAACUCCGCUGAUCCCCAACACCCAAACUGUUGUGCGUGUAUUUAACGAGAAUGUUAGGACAAUGGUAGCAUCACUCGAAUCCACAGACCGAAUUACACAUGUGGCCUGGGCUGGUCCCAGCCACAGGAAGGAGGAAAACCAGUAUGCGCAUUCAACAGACUCAAGCUUUAACAGAUCUCCAACUGGGGCAGCACAAUCACAACACAAACCCAACAGAACUGUGGAGUCCACUGGUUUUGCUGACACUACCCCCAGAACUCCACAGACUUGCAUAGACACAAAGCCUAUAUCUUCCCACAGACAUACCCUAACCACAACAGCAGAAACCUUCCCAUCAGCCACCUCUCCCACCCCUUACACACCCUCCCCUCCACCUGCCACCCCCUCCCCCUGCUCUCCCCACCAGAACAUUGACUGGAGGAACUACACCACCUACAAGGAAUACAUUGACAACAAACGGAUUUACAUGUACGGCUCCCGGACUAUUCAGGAGCGCCUGGACAGUUUGCGAGCUGCAUCCCCAUCCAGUACAGGUGAAUACAGCAAGCAGAAGAGUGCGUCAACAACAGCUACACCCUCACGGGGCUUUUCUGGAUCACAGCUGAGACAGAGGAGCACCUCACAUGAUCGGAGUUAUCAAGUAUCCAGUGUGCUGCCACUGCGUAGCGCCUCUCAGGAGAGGCUUGGUGGUGCUGAUCGGGCUUCUCUAACAGGGAAUUGGCCUCGUAGUGCUUCCCAAGAUGCCCUCCCAUCAGCCCCCAUAGGUAUCCUGAAACCCAGAGCAUAUUCUUGUGGCUACCUAAGCAGACAGAAUGAGAAUGCAACAUCCACGUUGGACAGGCAAGCAUGCUGCAGAACUGAGACAGAUGAGUGGCUGCUCGUGCACAGAGGGGAUGAGGCAAGAGCAAGCAGGCAGUCUUCUUCCUUACGCAUGGCGCCUCACAGAACACAGGGUGUAUUUAACACAGACAGACGAGGGGGUAGUUACCCAGGGUUGCCCAUCACCCCUCACUUUAGUAGAGGUACAGAUUCUUUGCUCACUUCCAGAGCUGAAAGCCUGGGUAAUACCUCUGCACCUUCCAUAAACAGACCCACACUGUUACCUGCGAAAAAUUAUGUCUCAGACUCUUCCUCUGCUGCUGCUUCUUAUAUAGCUUCUGCCCUGGCCUCAAUACAAGGCCACAUCAGUGGUAGCUCCAGCACAGGCCCUGUCAGAGACCAAAGAACACCUCUCACUGCCAACCACAUGCCCCACAAUGCAAAGCAGUUGCAGCCCAGGGGGCGGGCUGACAGUCUUCAGGAUCCCGUCAGAGAAGUAGCCCGUGGAGGUCGCUCUUCUUCUUGUUCUGCCGCCUCUAAACCCCAUAGAACAAAGCAGGGUGGAUCCAAGCCCAGAUUCACCAGUAACGGAACAGUUCCUCAGCAACCUGGGUACACAGAACCACAACCCCAAGCCAAUGAGAAGACGGUGGAAGGUAUCGAGGGCCCAGAUGCCACUGUAGUUGUGGUUCGGAGGGAGAAAUCUGGAUCUCAACCUAUCCGCCAUCCUUCCUACAUUCUGGCAGUGAAUGAGACGGAGAAAGGGGCUGAACCACCUGCAGAAUCCAACUCAUGCUGGCUGCCCAACAAUACCCGCGGAGAAAUGCACAUGAGGAAGCUAGGAGACCAGUGUAAAACCUCCUUCUCAAGCAACCUCGAUGACUCACUGGACUCCAUUCCCUUCAUUGACGAGCCGUCAAGCUCCAGUAACGACCAUGACACAACACACAUUCCUGCAUCUGCAGUGAUUUCCAGCACACCUAUCAUCACCACCAUCCCACCCAGUCCAACUUCCCCAUCUCCCGUAAUACGCCGACAGCUGUCCCACGACCAGGAUUCCUUACGACUCACGAUUUUGGAAUCAGAUUCUGGAACUAAAACGGAGCGUUCCAGGUCGUUCGAUGAGGGCUUGGAUAACUACAGAGAAGAGAGAGGGCGGUCGUUUAAACACACCCAUGGAUUCAAGGGACUUAGAAAGGCUGUUGACAGAUCAUCUGAGGACUCUGGCUCUAGGAGAGACUCUACUUCAGAUGUCUUCACUGAUGCCACAAAAGAGGGUCCACUUCAUUUCCGGCAGCUCAACUCAGAUAAGGGAAAGCGUGUUAGCAGUAGCAUGCGGUCGUGGAAGCAGAUCUACGCUGUGCUUCGUGGCCACUGCCUCUAUCUGUACAAGGACAAGAGGGACGGACAAACCAAUGCCAACUCCCAGAUCGAAGAAGAGCCUCUGCCAAUCAGCAUCAAAGCCUGUCUGAUUGACAUCUCCUACAGCGACACAAAGCGGAAGAACGUACUUCGGCUGACAACGUCAGACUGUGAAUACCUGUUCCAGGCAGAAGAUCGUGAGGAAAUGCUGUCCUGGAUCCGGGUCAUUCAAGAGAACAGCAACUUGGAUGAAGAGAAUGCAACUGUAACUAGCACAGACCUCAUCAACCGGAAAAUAAAGGAGUACAACACUCUAAUGAGUCCACCCAGCAGUAAGACAGAAUCCUCACCCAGAGCGUCCCGUCAGUCCCUGAGCAUCAGGCAGACGUUACUGGGCGGUAAAGGGGAGAAUAAAGGCACAAGCCCUCACUCACCAAACAAGGACCACGACAGGAAAGCCAUGCACAAAGAUGAAACCAGUCCACCAAAAGAUAAGGGCACAUGGAGGAAGGGCAUCCCUGGACUGAUGAGAAAGCCAUUUGAGAAGAAAUCGUCUCAUGGAAUCACAUUUGGAGUAAGACUAGAUGACUGCCCUCCAGCUCAGACCAACAGAUUUGUUCCUCUGAUAGUUGAAGUGUGCUGCAAGCUUGUGGAAGAACGAGGACUGGAAUACACUGGCAUUUACAGAGUGCCAGGAAAUAAUGCCGCCAUCUCCAUCAUGCAGGAAGAGCUCAAUAACAAGGGCAUGGGCGACAUCGAUAUUCAGGAUGAUAAAUGGAAGGACUUGAAUGUGAUCAGCAGUUUACUCAAAUCCUUCUUCCGAAAACUUCCUGAACCUCUCUUCACUAACGAGAGAUAUGCAGAUUGUAUUGAUGCCAACAGAAUAGAGGAUCCUGUAGAGAGACUCAAAGUGCUCAAAAGACUGCUUCACGAGUUGCCUGAUCACCAUUACGAAACACUGAAGUUCCUAUCGGCACAUCUCAAAACUGUGGCUGAAAACUCGGAAAAGAACAAGAUGGAGCCACGGAAUCUGGCUAUUGUGUUUGGCCCAACACUGGUGAGAACAUCUGAAGACAAUAUGACUCACAUGGUGACACACAUGCCAGACCAGUACAAGAUUGUAGAAACGCUCAUUCAGCAUUACGACUGGUUCUUCACUGAGGAGGGUGACAAGGAACCUACGACUACAGUCCAGGAGGAGAGUGCUGUGGAGUCCCAGCCUGUGCCUAACAUUGACCACCUGCUGACCAACAUCGGCCGGACAGGCACCUCUCCAGGGGAAGUGUCAGAUUCACCAACCAGUGACUCUGCUAAAUCUAAGGGCUCCUGGGGAUCAGGGAAGGACCACUGCAGCCGCGAGUUCCUUCAGCCACGAGUCUCCUCCAUUUUUGCUGCGGCCAACCGCAAACGAAAAAAGCACAAGGAGAAGCUGCAACCCAGCAGCUCUGAUGAUGACCUUGAUAUCUUGUUCACCAAGAAAGAUAACCUAACUCAAAAGCAGAACCGCCAAAGCCAGGAGGAGGUGGCAGGCAGGUCCAGCCCCUGCGGAAGACUUGUUGGAGAGAAGAUAAGUGCAGAGUCAACCCCGAAGAACAAGAUGGAGCACAGAAACUCUUUCUUUAUGAAAGACAAACCCUCUUCCGCUCUCUCCCCCUCAACCAAGCUCUCAUGUUCACCUGGUUUCAACCGUCGCACCACCAGAUCCACCCUCUCAGAUCCUUCCUCACAGUUAGAUGAGACCACCUCAGACUUGGGCACCAUGAGUUCUGGAGCCUCCGUACCCAGAACCAGACCUCGGAAAUGGGGCACAACAUCACCGACCCCUGAGCAAUUACCUGCUUUUGGGGGGGCUUUGCUAACUGCCGAGGUGAGCUCUAUUACGUCGGACUACUCGACCACUUCCUCUACCACCUUUCUGACAGGAGUGGGGUCCAUCACAUUAAGUCCAGAGGUGCAGUCUGUGGCAGAAAGCCGGGGAGGAGACGAGGCAGAUGACGAGCGCAGUGAACUCAUCAGUGAGGGACGACCGAUGGAAACUGACAGUGAGAGCGACUUCCCAAUGUUUAGCCCUGGUAUCGCUGGACUAGACAUACCAUCCACAGAAAAUGCCGGCAACAGCACACCCAAACUAGCUUGCCGCUUGCUGCCCUCCCAUAAGCUCAUAGAAUGCGACUCUCUGACCAGGAGGCGAUCCCUUCGACAAAAGACGGACAGCGAUUCAUCUGUGGAGGCAGGGGCUGGUAGCGGCAAUCAAGGGGUCAGCAUGAAUGAAUCAAAUAGACUGUCUCGAGUUCUGGAGGUGAUGAAGAGAGGCCGUUCCACCGGCAGCCUUAGUGCCUCAUUGCGUACUGAAUCGGACCGCGUUGAGCCAGCGUGGCAUCUUAAAAUCACAGAGAGACUCAGGUCCCGUCUACGUGCCUCUGCUGAUGACAUGUUCGGAGUUGGCACGCAAAAGACCCGCUCUACGGAGACACGUGGAAAGAAAAAGGGCAUCCGUCGACGGCAUACAAUGGGUGGCCAGCAGGACUUUGCUGAACUAGAUGUCAUUCAUGAUUGGAGGGAACAGGGCGGGGUGGACCAAGGUGCAGAAAUGUCUUCUGUGGAGCACCUCAAACCCAAGUGCGACUCUCAGGACGUGUCUAUCCGGGACUGGAUUGCUCGUGAGCGUCAUCAAACUGAGGGCUCCCAGGCCAGUCUAGAGUUGAAAGGUCAAGAUGGGAUAGAGACAGAAAUGGAAGAAGCCCAAGCAGGGAGCGCUGAGCGACUGACUCCCUCUGCUUCUCCAUGUACCCAGUCCAGCUCUGAACAAGUAAAUGGAGGCGCAUCAAAGGGCAAAUCCAGAAACAGUUUGAAUUCUGGAGCUGAUGCUCAUCCACAAAAAUUGUCAGGAGCCCAAGUGGUGCGCUCACGAUUCUACCAAUAUCUUUAAAACAAAAUAAUAAUUUGCAUGUGUCUAAGAGUGUCCUAAUGUGUGUGUAAAGGCCUGUUCAAACCAAGGUGAAUGUUAGGUGUGAAAAUUCUAUGCAUUUUCGUAUUUCACAAACACAAACUGGUAAUGCAUCUGUUUAGACCAGGGCUGGGCAACUUCGGUACUGGAGGGCCACUGUCCUGUGGAGUUUAGCCCCAACCCUAAUCAAACACACCUGCCUGUAGUUUUUCUAGUGAUCUUGAAGACACUCCAAGUCCAUGUCCACACAUACACGGGUAUUUUUUAUAGUUUUUCCUUCUUCCAUUUAAAAAAAAAUCUCCGUCCACACGAA